CGUACCCACCUCCCCCCAGUCCCCGCCCGUUCGCCCCGCGGCUUAUCCACCACCACCACUCCACCGCCGGGCCGGAUCGAUCGGGAUCGCGCCGCCGCCGCCGCCGCCGCCGCCGCCAUCCGCGCCCGCGGGGAUCCUGCUCCUACCAUGCUGCGGCGCUGCGCCCUUGCCCGACCGUGCCGGCCCGCCGAACCGCGCCUCCCGCUCCCCGACGACCACCCGCCCGUCGCCGUCUUCUCCUUCCUCUUCAUCCCCACCUAAAUUGAUCGCCCCGCCGCGCGGUCCCGGCGGCCCUCCUCGGCGGCGCUGGGAGGACGAGCAGCGGGCGGAUCGCCGCCGCGCGCGCGUCGUCCGGCCGGGCGGGAUGAGCCGGGAGGGGCAGAAGCUCGACUGCGCCGCCGGCGCCGGCGGCGUCGGGAUCGGGGUGCUGUCGCUGGACCUGCUGGGCCAGGUGCUCGACCGCCUGCGCGAGCCGCGGGACCGCAAGGCGUGCCGCGUCGUCAGCCGCGCCUUCGAGCGCGCCGAGGCCGCGCACCGCCGCGCGCUGCGGGUGCUCCGGCGGGAGCGCCUCCCGCGCCUGCUCCGCGCGUUCCCGGCGCUCGAGCGCCUCGACCUCUCCGCCUGCGCCUCGCUCGACGACGCCUCGCUCGCCGCGGCCGUCGCCGGCGCCGGAGGGGGCCUCGCGGGGCUCCGCCGCGUGUGCCUGGCCCGGGCCAGCGGGGUCGGGUGGCGCGGGCUCGAGGCGCUCGUCGCCGCAUGUCCCAGGCUGGAGGCCGUCGACCUGUCGCACUGCGUCGGCGCCGGGGACCGCGAGGUCGCGGCGGUGGCGGCCGCGGCCGGGCUCAGGGACCUCAGGCUGGACAAGUGCCUCGCUGUCACGGACAUGGGGCUCGCCAAGGUGGCUGUCGGGUGCCCCAGGCUGGAGAAGCUCAGUGUCAAGUGGUGCCGUGAGAUUUCUGACAUCGGAAUUGAUCUGCUCGCCAAGAAAUGCCCCGAGCUCCGCAGCCUCAACAUCUCCUACCUCAAGGUGGGUAAUGAAUCCCUUAGAUCAAUAUCUACACUUGAGAAGCUCGAGGAGUUGGCAAUGGUUGGUUGCUCAUGUAUAGAUGAUGAAGGCCUGGAAUUACUGAGCAAGGGGAGCGACUCACUGCAGAGUGUUGAUGUGUCAAGAUGUGAUCAUGUGACUUACCAGGGAUUAGCUUCACUCAUAGAUGGUCGCAAAUUUCUCCAGAAGUUACAUGCUGCAGAUUGUUUGCAUGAGAUAGGACAGUGUUUUCUGUCCAAGUUGUCAACACUGAAGGAAACCUUGACUGUGUUGAAACUCGAUGGUCUUGGAGUCUCAGACUCUCUCCUUCAAGCCUUUGGUGAAGGUUGUAACAACCUGGUUGAGAUUGGACUUAGCAAAUGCAGUGGCGUUACAGAUGAAGGAAUCUCAUCUCUUCUAGCUCGAUGUAGUGACCUAAAGACAAUUAAUCUCACAUGCUGCAAUCUCAUCACCAAUAAUGCGCUUAAUUCAAUAGCGGACAACUGUAAGAUGCUUGAAUGCUUGCUGUUAGAAUCCUGCUCUUUGAUAAAUGAGAAGGGAAUAAAGCAAAUUGCAACUUGUUGCCCCAAUCUUAAGGAGAUAGACCUCACUGACUGUGGAGUGAAUGAUGCAGCGCUGGAGUACUUGGCUAAAUGUUCUGAACUGCGAAUAUUGAAAUUAGGCCUAUGCUCAAGUAUUUCCGACAAAGGCAUUGCUUUUAUUAGUUCAAACUGUGGCAAGCUCGUGGAGCUUGACCUCUACCGGUGCAACUCCUUUACUGAUGAUGGGCUGGCAGCUUUAGCAAAUGGCUGCAAGAAGAUUAAGUUGUUAAACUUGUGCUACUGCAACAAGAUUACUGAUAGUGGUUUGGGCCACUUAGGCUCUCUGGAGGAGCUUACAAAUCUUGAGCUGAGGUGCUUGGUCCGCAUCACGUGCAUAGGGAUCUCGUCGAUUGCAAUCGGAUGCAAGAGCCUGAUAGAACUGGAUUUGAAACGUUGCUAUUCGGUUGACGAUGCUAGUCUGGGGGCCCUUGCUCGUAAUGCUUUGAACCUUAGACAGCUUACCAUAUCAUACUGCCAAGUCACCGGCUUGGGCCUGUGCCACCUGCUGAGCUCCCUGCGGUGCCUCCAGGACAUUAAGAUGGUGCACCUCUCGUGGGUCUCCAUAGAAGGGUUUGAGAUGGCGCUGCGAGCGGCCUGUGGGAGGCUGAAGAAGCUGAAGAUGCUCACCGGGUUGAAGACCGUGCUGUCCCCGGAGCUCCUCCAGAUGCUGCAGGCGUGCGGCUGCCGAAUAAGAUGGGUCAACAAGCCUCUUGUCUACAAGGACUGCUGAAGCCGCGUUCGUCACAUUGCCUCUGCAGCAGCAACACCUGUGUGGAUCAUGAAUUCAAGAUCUUCCAAGCUUUGCUUCAACGUAAGUUGUGACCCAUGUGAGUGAAGAUAGUCUCCAAUAAUCGUUGGGGGCGUAAGCUCCUGCCCCCAGGUUGUGAUUAUGUUGUCUACCUUUCGGGCGCCGUCUUGCGGCGUUUGUUGUCUUGGGCCCAGACGCCCAGUAUAUGUACACUGAGGAAUCGGUACAGUUCAUGUAUCAGGUUAGUUUGUGCAUAGCCUGCAGCGGAAUCAUCCUGUUUCUGGGAUUAGUUAGUGUAUUUGUUGCUUCAUUUCGCAUGGUUUGAGAUGAAACAAUCAUAACAGAAUAUGAUCGGUGUUCUGCAUCACAGGUUGUUCCUUCCCUCAACUGCCAUCAUGUCUCAGUUGAUAUGUACAUACUUCUCUAUUUUCAUGUUAUUAGAGGUGGUGAACGAUCGCGCGUCAUGUAGACUUUAUAGUUUGUAUAUACUGCUGCAUGUAAAUUACCAUGUUGCGUCUCUGCUGUA